AUGACCGUUCACCCGGCUUUCUUAUUUUUGGGCUUGUUUUCAGCACUGACUUAUCUGCAUCCAAAUCUCCUGGACACUAUCAACUGGGUUCCAGAGUCAUUGCGUUCUACCAGCAUUACUAGUCAUGGAAAAGGCUCCCAUGAUGGCGAAUACAUCACCCCAGAAGUUGCAACGUUCAUUAAGGACACGAUGGUUGCAUCGAACAUUACUGGGCUAUCCAUAGCCGUAGUGCCCAAGAACGGUGAGCCGGAGUUGAAAGCAUGGGGUUAUAGGUCAGAGGACGGCGAGGAGAUGACUUUGGAUACGUUGUUCCACAUGGCUUCCGUCUCGAAGGCUUUCUGCGCGACGGCCGUCGGUAUCCUCAUGGACGACUUCGCGAAUGGGAGGAACGUAACGGCACUUCCACUAGGAUUGAUGGAGUUAACAUGGCAUACCAAAGUAAAAGACCUGCUCCCAGGCGAGUGGCGGCUUAUGGAUGAAUGGGCGUCGGAACGAGCAAAUCUCAAGGAUAUCCUUUCGCAUGUCUCCGGUGUGCCAAGGCAUGAUUUUGCUUACGGACCCCACGACACGCCGUUGGAUGUGGUUCGUCGUCUGAAACACCUAAGGCCAGCUUUCGAGCUGCGAGAGCAUUGGUCAUACAACAAUAUUAUGUAUAUCACUACUGCACAUAUCGUUUCGAAAUACGCGGCUCAGUCUUAUACGUCUUUUGUGGAGGAGAGAAUAUUUGCUCCGCUGGGUAUGGCAUCGUCAACAUUCUCGCCUAGCAAAGCUGCAUCAUCAGGCAAGUACACGCAAGGAUGGACGAAAGAGGGACGCUUGAUUCCGGAGUGGUUUACCGAAGAAAUUGCGUUCACAGCAGCCGUAGCAGGUGGUGUCAUAUCAAAUGCAGUCGAUAUGACCAAAUGGAUCGCAAUGUGGCUGAACAAAGGAACAUAUAGAGGAAAAUCCAUCAUCCCUGCGUCAGUUUACUACAAUGCCACUUCCUCAUAUGCCGUUUAUUUGGACCGUCCAAUGGGUCCCUAUAUCUCAAUUGGCGGAUAUGGCAUGGGCUGGCACCGUCAGUCAUAUCGAGGCUACGACCUUGUGGGUCACACCGGCGCCAUCCCUGGUGUAUCCACUCUGGUAUCUUUUUUGCCACGCGACGAGUUUGGUGUAGUAGUUUUUGUGAACGGUGGUGAUCAGGGCUCGUCGGUCAUGAGUAUUUCACUGCACGUUUUGGAAGCGGUAUUACGCCUUGAGAGAUCAGAUCCUUCGGAAAGGCCAUUAUCCGACUCUCUCAAAUCUAGACUGGAUGACGAUGGUCCUACUGUGUGGAACUUAUCUUUGCCGCUGGACGACUUCGCCGGAACAUAUACUAAUCUCGGCUACGGCACCCUCACGCUUUGCGAUCCGAAUGACAUGUCUUCCUAUUGUUCUGGGGUCCGCGCUGACUUUGCAGCCGUUGACGGAGCGUAUGGUAACCCGAGUGUGUCUACCGAACUUUUGGCUGCAUGGCCUCGGUACGGCGAAGACUCCACUCCGUUCGAAACUGCAGAGAUCGGUACGGCCACAGCGACAGCAGAGUUCGUCAUCGACGAUGGAAAGGUUAUCGGGUUUGGAGUGUCUGGGCUCGUGGGGGGGCAGACAGAGGGCGCACGAUUAGGUGCCACAGUCCGGGAGCGGGCCGAAGUUUGGUUCGACAGAGUCUAA